GCGCGCGCAUGGCGGCGUGGCGCGUGCACGCUUACGGGGCGCUGGCCGAGCUGCGGCUGGACGAGGCGCGGGUGCCGCCGCUGCGCGCGGCCGACGAGCUGCUCGUGCGCGUGCACUCGUCCUCGCUCAACCCGCUGGACGUCGCCAUGAUCGGCGGGUACGGGCGGCACGCGCUCAAUGUGCUGCGCGCGCUGGAGGGCGCCCGCGGCGGCAGCGGCGCCGGCGGUGCGGGUGUGGAGUUCCCGUUGGUGGUGGGGCGCGACUUCGCGGGGGAAGUGGUCGCCGCGGGUGCCGCUACCCGCCUCGGUCGCGGCGCGCGUGUCUGGGGCGCGCUGCCACCGCACUGGCCCGGCGCGCACGCGCAGUACGUCGUCGUCAAAGAACGUUGGGCGGGCGAGGCGCCGAGCGCGGGCGCGAUGGCGGGCUCGCCGGCGGCGGGCGGCGCGCUGUACGCGGCCCUCACGGCCUGCAGCGCCCUGCGCGUCGCGGGGCUGGCCGGCGGGAGGGGCGGCAGGGGGCGGCGCGUGCUGCUGCUGGGGCUGGGCGGCGUGGGGCACGCGGCGCUGCAGUUGCUGGCGCGGCGCGGCUUCGACACGCUGGUCGGCUGCGCGGGGGAGCUGGCGGAGCGCGCGCGCGCGGCGGGCGCCUCGGCCGCGCUGGACCGGCACGCGCCCGACUACGCCGAGCAGCUAGCCGCCUCCGGCCCGUACGAGGUGAUCCUCGACUGCGCGGGCCUCGGCGGGUGGGAGGCUAGCGCGCGGGACCGACGCUGGCGGUUCGAACGCUACGUGACUCUUACGACUCCACUGCUGCGCUACAUGGACGAAUGGGGCUCGGUGCUGGGCGGUGCGGCGGCUGCGGCCGAGCUAGCGCGACAAUCCGCCGCGGCGGCCGCGGCCGCGCCGCGCGGCUUCCCGCCGCCGCACGUGCGCUGGGCCUAUUUCUAUCCCCGCGCCGAAGACAUCGAGCUGCUGCGGCGCCUCGCCUCGCGCGACCAGCUGGCGGUGUGCGUGGAGCGCGCGUGGGGCUGGCGCGAGGCCGGCGCGGCCUACGCGCGCGCGGCGCAGGGCCACGCGCGAGGCAAGCUGCUCAUCGACUUCGCCGCCUCGUAGCGCUUCGCCGGCUCGUUCGUCCUGGACGUGGGACUCCUGUGUUAGUUUGCGCGCAUUACGUGUACUGUACCUCCCUUAAUUGUAAGCAGGUAAUAAUUCGUUACAUUACAUAAUGUUUUCUAAUAAAUACUACAUUCUUUUUACUUAAAAUAGAUUUACGCUUGUUCACAAUCGCACUUAAUUUUUUUCAACGACUUCAAUCUUUAAACGAGA